CUAAAAUUAUAUAUAUAUAUAGUAUAUAAUACGAUAUCAAACGAAAUGAGUACUGAAAAAUCAAAAAAGAAACAUAAAAUGAAAAUAAAUUAUUGGUGAUAAGGCAUUUGAGACAAAAAAGGUCAAGAUCUGACGCAUAUUACACCACAGCUCCAUUGUGGUAUGGUGAUUGGUGAUAGAAUUCCGACACAUGACGUUUUACCUCACUAUAUUUAUAUUCAACGCCCAGCACGAGAUGAAUUAUAAGCACAAAUUAACACUCGAAAACUUCUUGAUGCUCGUCGGGGUUUCUGCUAUGAUAUACAAAUAUCAUAGCAGAAUAUCAUAGCAUAGAUAUACAAACACAAGUUUCACCUCAGCUGAUUAAAUACUUUACAACCUACAAAUGGCGAUCCAUAGAGAUGACCGGAUUAUCUAUAAAGGUCGAAUACAAUCAGACCGGCUCAGGAAUCUAGAAUACAAAGGCAAAUAAAACCCCUCGAAUGAAGUCAACUGGCACAUUCCAAGUCAAAGAAGAAGUAAUCUGGACAGUACGAUCUAAGGCAGACAUAUUGCUUAUGAAUGCCACAUUUCUAUCAAUUCUUAAUCCAAAAACUUAGAUUAUGAUGCUACCUGGUAAUUAAACACACAGAUACAUUAAAAUAAAGUUAAAACUAUAUUAUAAUUGAACGAUAUGAUAUUAUAUUUGGUUCUUCAACAAUGGGUACACUGAUUAAAAUAAUACAAUAUAACAAAAGUAAAUACUAAUUUUAUGUGUCAAAAUGACUUAAAGAAGAGCACAGCAUGCACAGAAAGAUAACAAAUCAACAUCUAAACAUACGUAAAUCUACUAUAAAAUGUAUACAAUAAAAAUAUAUAAGAAAAUGAUGUACCUCUAUAGAGAUGAAAAAUAUAAAAAAUAGGAUUGCAGUUAGAGAAAUUUUACACGGUAGACAGAUGCUGAUUGCACGCGUUUAUAUCUUACUAUUUAAACAGAUAUUAUUUGGUAAACAUUAAUUAGAACUGUGAAAAGUCUGGGCGGGUAGGUAGCUAAUAAAAUAAAUUAGUCAAUUAUAAUAUUUUAUUUCAGUUUGCACUAAUGUUAUAAAUGCGAAAAUAACUCUAUCAGUAUGUUACGCUUUCAGGGCUGAAACUAAACUGAUUUUGAUAAAAUUUGGUAUGAAACAUGGUUGAAUCCCCAAGGAUGAACAUAGCCUAUUUACCAAAUACCGGCCCCUCAUCCCAGGCGGGCCAGUUUUCUAUAAAACUGACUUAUUAUUAACACCGAGACAAGGCUCGUACGUACGUACACUUACAAAGGAUAUUUUCUGCACUUCCUAAAGUAGGCUGAUAAUACUUUCAGCAUUGGGUCCAUCUUUCGUACAAUAAAUAUUUUGUGUUAUACAAUGAAAUUCCAUUCCAAAUCGCUGACAACACUUUCACUAUCAUAUGUAACGUUAAACGCUUAUCAUGGACAAAAAUAAAAAACAAUGCAUUGUGACUCGUAUCACCAGCUACCCGGUGCAAGCUUGUUCUAUUUCAGCGGGCGAGCGAUACGCGCAUGACCGACAAACGCCGUCACUCGUAAUCUGCCAUCGGGCGCUUAGUCCGCACGCCGCAGCCGAUAGCGCGGCCGCGCGCUGCUCGCGACAGUUGAACACAAAACGCGUAGGAAAUACCGAAACGAUCGCAGUGUUUACGAUAUUGUUUUUAAAUCGCGUGUGUUUUAAGUGUUAAGAUGAGACGGAAUGUGAAGAUUCUGUUCGGUCUGGGCGCUGCCUGGAUGUUCGUCCUGUUUUAUUACAUGCAACCUGAUACAACACAAACUAAGGAAGAAAAUAUAGCUCUUCGACUCAUAAAACAGCACUCCGAUAUAGAGGAGCCCGAGAGCAGUCCAGCUUCUCCCGAGGAGUACACGGGAAGUACAGGGAAGUAUUUUGAUGAAGCGGGAUAUGUCGCGGGAGGUGCGAAGGACAACGACCCCUACGUGCGGAAUCGAUUCAAUCAGGCUGCCUCUGACAACUUAUCCAGUAACCGCGCCGUUCCAGACACGAGGAACGCCAUGUGCCGAUUGAAAAAAUAUGAUGAAGAUCUGCCUGAAACCAGUGUCAUCAUAACCUUCCACAACGAAGCGCGGUCCACACUCCUACGCACCAUCGUCAGUGUGCUGAACAGAAGCCCGGAACAUUUGAUAAAAGAAAUAAUCCUAGUUGAUGACUUCAGUGAUAAUCCUGAGGACGGUGCUGCACUGCGGGCAAUACGCAAAGUGCACGUAAUACGAAACUCCAAGCGCGAAGGCCUCAUGAGAUCUCGAGUUCGGGGCGCUGAUGCUGCAACCGCGCCAGUUCUCACCUUCCUCGACUCUCACGUAGAGUGCAAUGUACACUGGCUGGAACCACUGUUGCAGAGAAUUAAAGAGGACCCAACGCGCGUGGUAUGUCCAGUCAUCGACGUCAUCAGCAUGGACACUUUCCAGUAUAUCGGUGCGUCGGCGGACUUGCGGGGAGGUUUCGACUGGAACUUGGUGUUCAAGUGGGAGUAUUUGUCGCAUGCGGAACGCAGCACGCGACUCAGUGAUCCAACGCAAGUUAUAAGAACACCAAUGAUAGCUGGAGGUCUCUUCAGUAUGGAUCGGAAAUAUUUUAACAAGCUAGGCAAAUACGACAUGAGGAUGGACGUGUGGGGCGGUGAGAAUUUGGAGAUUUCAUUUAGGGUAUGGCAGUGUGGUGGGUCACUAGAAAUAGUGCCUUGCUCGCGCGUCGGUCAUGUGUUUCGCAAACGCCACCCGUACACUUUCCCUGGGGGCUCAGGGGCUGUCUUUGCUAGAAAUACUAGACGAGCAGCUGAAGUGUGGAUGGACGAUUACAAAGAACUGUAUUAUCGAUCACAACCCCUCGCCAAACAAGUCGAUUAUGGAGAUAUAUCCGAACGUGUCGCAAUUCGUGAGAAGUUACACUGCAAACCAUUCAGUUGGUACCUUGAACAUGUGUAUCCAGAGCUGCAAGUUCCUUCGUUAGGAGGUGCAUCUUAUGCCAUUAGACAGGGACCGAGAUGCUUGGAUACUAUGGGUCACCUGGUUGACGGCACUUUGGGCAUGUACCCUUGCCACAACACCGGUGGCAACCAAGAGUGGCGCUUCGAAAAUGGUCUCAUCCGUCACCAUAGCCUCUGUAUCUCUCUGUCACCUGAUGACAGAGUAACAGCCAUUCUAGCGGCUUGUGACCCUUCAGAUGACGCUCAGCUUUGGAGAAGACGAGGACUACUUAUCAGACACGCGAAAUUGGACGCGUGUUUGGACACAGACAGGGCCGCACUAUAUUUAAAUCAGUGUGAUGAUGAGAAAUUGACACAACAAUUUACAUUUUAAGAGCCACAUAAAACCUUAGGGUGCGUUUCUACACAAUUACUUGGACAUUAUGUUUGCAAUUGCUUGUAAUUCUUCAGAAAAUUAGCAAUAAUUAACAACUUUGUUACAUUAUUAAUUGACAAAUUAAUUAGAACAGAAGCAUAUGUUACUAAUGUGUGGGCAACACAUAGUAACCAAUUUUCCAAAGUUGAUUAUGAAUACAGGUUUCGCGUCAAAUGUGAAAUAUUAAUGAGAAAUAAGUUAAAAUACAUACAAUUACCUUAUCAUAAAGAUUAGAAUGCAAAUUCCUUAACAAUAAUAAAUAAUAGUGCCUUGAAUAUAUAGUUCGUGAUCAAGUGCCACACUCACUAGAAUCACUCUACAUAUGAACAAAAUAUUGAUUUUUAAUUUUUAGACAAUACUAGAUGGAAAAAAAGCAGUUUAAUUUUCCUAAAUGAAAAAAAACAUUCCAUGAAUGUGUUUUAAUUGUUUGUUAUAAGCCUUAGAUUAACAUAUAAUUUUAAGAUUUUAAUAUAUAAAUACAAUAUACAUAAUUUACACUAAAUGUAUCAAAUACCUAAUUGUUCUACAAUUAAAAAUUCCGUACGUGUGACAAGUUUUUAUUGUUUAAUUGCAUAUGAAAAUAUAAUUUCAUAAUAAAAUUUUACAGCUUCUGCAUUUGUAUAUAAUCAUAUGAAUAUCUACUAAGUUUCAUAUAUAAUCAAUAAUAUAGUUACCAUAAUGUACAUAAUUAUAUUUAAAUAAGUAUUAAUGUAAGUGCCGGGAAUGUGGAAUGAGUACAUUAUGUAAAUAAGUACAUCUGAAAAGAUGUUGCCGAGUGAUUUGAGAAAAUGAAACGUUAACUGAAUAUUAUAAUAUAUAACCCUUUUAUAAUAUUAUAUAGACAUAGGUUACAAUAUAUGAAGUUUUUUUUAAUUAGUGUUGCCUGCUGCUAAAAAUUAUUUUUUUCGAAUAAGACUCGAAUAUGUUUUUUGUUAUAAUAUCGUUUGUAAAUAAUUGGUUUGUUCGCCUAACAGUACAACUUUGAUAUUAGAGAUUUAAAAAAGUAGCAAUUAAAAUUAUAUGAAUUUUAAUUAUUACUAUGAAUAUUUUUUAAACAGCAUUUUUUUAUCCAUUAAAAGAAAUUUAGCUUAAUAAUACUGUUUAAUUUAUUUAAGUAUUUUUACAAAUGUUAUAAUUAUUUUAUUACUAUUAUAGUUUUAUUUUAUUGUUUUAUAUUAUUUACAUUUAUAUAAGUUUUUUUAAUGUUUUAUGUAUUAACGUUAUAUUAGUUGUUAUUGGACGAAUUAUUGGCGAACAAAAUUUUUUAAAUUAUUUACGUAAUUCAUCUAGUUUUGUAACACUUCAUGUGACUACUCAUGUAAUAUUGUCUUAAAUGUAAGUGAAAUGAUAAAUAGUUUAAGUACAAAACUUAACCAGAUAAGUGAAGGAAUCAUUGCAAGUUUAUUAUUUAUUAAAUCAAGCACUGCCAUUACAUUACAUAAUAAAAUUAAGUCUUGAACUGAAAAUUAUCAAAGUUAAAUACUUAUUGGUUAUCUUUUAUUGUUCGAUCAAAGUAUGGUUUAAGUAAUUAUUUUAAAUUACGAAUUCUGAUAUUUUUUUAUAAACUGACAUUCCAUGUUGAUUUAAAUAUACGUAUUUUAUUGAUUAAGAAUAUUUGAAUUAGAUAACUUCAUAUUGCGUUUCAUAACUAAGUUAAGUGACUUAAAGCAGUCUUAUGAUAAUGACACUUAAUUAACAUAAAAUUCAGUUAAAAUAUAUCUAAUGUUACAUAAAAAACAAAUCGAUAUCAGCAGCGGUAUUCUGUAUGAGGAUAUUAUUGAAUUGAAAACCGAUUCACGGUAUUGAACAACUUUUAUAUGUAUCAUUUAUAUUAAAUGUUAUACUUAUUAUUAUAAUUCACGGUCGUAUUCUGCGGUGUAUUUCGAACUCGUGCUUACAGAUUAGCUCUACUGAUAAUAUUGCUCUUUGUUUUUUAUUUUAUCUGUGUUUGUAACUCGGUAAAGAUACUGGAAGCUAGUAUAAGGAAUCGAAUACAUCGAGUGUCAGAACUCACAUGUGUGGUCAUAGCUUUAUGGCUAAUGUUCCCUUGAAAGCUUCGCUUCGCUUUGACGCUACUGUGUUCGCUCCUAAAAAACACUUAUCAAUAGAAUAUAUUUGUAUAUCAAUGUAGUAUAAUUUUAAAUAUACUUAUUAUAAUCGUAUUCGAAUUUGCUGAAAUUACUUACUUAGGAUAUUAUGUUUAUUUACGUUUUUAUUUUUAAAGAAAAUAUUUUAAUAUGUCCUGGCAAUGAAAGAAAAAUAAACUUAAAAAUAUUAAAUAACGAUUAUGCUGAACAUUAUGUAAAGAUACAUAAAUAAAGUAGUUUUGAAGUAUAACAGUAAGUAAACGGUAAACCUUAUAUGAUUUUAUUUAUAAGUCUUUUAAAUUUGGUAAAAUAUUGUCGAGCACAAAUUAAAGUAUUUCCUACAAAUAAAGAUCUGAAAAAAAAAUUGUGAUUAUUUUCUCAAAAAAUUAUAACAUUUCAUAUUUACGGUCCUAGUCGGAAAUACGAAAAAAUAUUUUAUUUAAUAAAAUGGUGAUUUAAUUUAGUGAGAAUAUUGAAUUGAUUAUUAAACGAUAUUUGCAUAUAUUUU